AUGCCACCAGACUCUAGCUCCUCCGACGUGACAUCUCCCACCGACGAUGACUGGCAUGGAAUCGUUGACAAAAUUGAACGACGAAGGCGACAGAACCGAGUGAAUCAGCGCGCAUGGCGACUCAGGCAUAAGCAAAACCCGUUACAUGAUAGACUGCCGUCAUCGUCCCCCUCGGCCAACGAGUCCGCUUUGCUCCCCUUUGUGCCACCGAACCAUACGCACGAUGGAUCAUCCUGCUCGAGACCGGAAUGUUUCUUGAUCAGUUCCGAGACCGAGACUUUGCUUAAGAGGUUUGAAUCUGCCGCCUAUACAAGUUAUAUCCUCGGGUCGCCUCAGGCGGAUCACCUCUUGACUUUGGUGAGGGGAAACAUUUUUCGCGCUCUCUUCCACAAUCUCUCCGUAUUGGGGUUAUCGAAAGAAUGGAUGAACGAGGAUGCUCUCUCGCCGCUCGCUUCGGACUCAGAAUCCCACCUUGUCCGUGAUCUCGCAGUGCUACCGGUUUCCCUUCAGCCCACCGCUCUGCAACGAAGUGUCGAACACCACCCGUGGCUGGACCUGUUCCCCUUGCCUCGGAUGCGGGAUAACAUGAUCAGAUUGGGAGACGCUCUGGAUGAAUACCAAUUGUGUGAGGAUCUCAUGGGAUUCUGGAACACGCAACAGAAGGAUUCUAUGCUGGUCGUUUGGGGAGAUCCCUGGGACCCGCGGAAUUGGGAAAUCACUGAGCAGUUCCUGCGAAAAUGGAGCUGGUUGAUCAAAGGAUGUCCAGAGUUGAUUUGGUCUACAAACUACUGGCGCCGUCAACGUGGGGAGAAGAAGAUUGCCUAUAGGGGUUACGAAUGA